CUGCUGCUAAUUAGGAGCCAUUUCCCUUCGAUAACGCUCAGCGUGGUUGUCGUCGCAGGCUUUGCCGUUCCCCUCCGCCAAACACCCCUGUCAGGUGGGCCGCCUGGAGCGCUCUUACCAGGGAGUAGACCCCACAGAACACGGGGACUUACUCCUGAGUAAACGCGCGCAGGCUUAAGCUGGGCUCAGUCUCCUACCCCCCCCCCCCACUUAUUUUCGCUCCCUCGGCUCCCCCUCAGCGCGGCGCCCCGAGCAGCCGGGAGCCGAGAGGGAGGCGCCGACCCCGAGCGCCUUUCGCCUCCCGCCAUUUCCCGGAUAUCGGCGCUGGCCCUGUCCCGGCAGGCGGCGGUGCUCCGCGUUGUGGUUCCGGGUUCCCGGAGCGCCUGGGGCCACGACGGCCGCCGGUUGCUGGUCGCCUUCGCCGCCGACGCCGCCGAUAUGGAUAACAGACAUGAAGAGAAAGGUGGGGCACUGUGUGCAACAUCGCAAGAGAAAACAAAAGGAAGAGAGAGAGAGAAGAGGAAGCGAAAACGCAGCAGAAGCAGGUCCACCUCGAUUUCUUCCACCACGUCGUCUAGUUCUUCAACAUCCUCAUCUUCAAGUUCUUCCUCAAGGUCCUCUGCUUCACACAGCAGAAGCAGCUCAAGUAGUAGAGAUUCUCCCAAAUCAAAAUCAAAGAAAAGGAAAAAGGAAAAACAGAACAAAAAGAAGAGAAAAAAAGAUAAGUUGAAGAAAAAGAAAGAAAAGAAGAAAAAGAAAGAAAAGUCAGGUCCUGUACAGCUUUCUAAGUACUUGAAAGAUAAAAAGAAGAAUCAGAACUACAGUAUGAUCACAGGGAAGAAAAUUAAGAUGAAAGUAAAGAAGAGUAAAAAGGAUAAAGAGCGAGAUCGAAACCGCGCUGAACUUCUUGAUUUCUUGAACUCUGCUUUGUAGUGAAUAUGCUACUAAGCAAGGACCAGUAAGUCUGUCAACCUGCUCCUCAAAGCACCAAAUGCAAGCUCAGAGUGAAGGGGUGAAAGCACUUUAUGUGCGAUGAGCUGAAAUUCUCCUGCUGCGAAGAUCCUCCUGUACAACAGUAAAGAACUGAUGGCAACAACUUGCCAAUAAAGAGCCAUAUUGCCGCUCCUGGGGACCCUAAUAAAACUAGGGCGAUUCCUUAAAAAUGCUUUAACGGGAGAUGACAUGGUUGAAUUUUGACCUACUGCGCAUAUCCCAAACUGCAUGCAGAAAACAACUUUACCACUGGCUGUCCUUUGUCUUUUUUCAUGUUAAAGCUGACUAUUUGCAAAUAAGCUCUUUCAAAAAAAGAGUACCUGUAUAUAUAGAAAUUUUUAGUAUUAAAGAUAUUUGUUUGUAAACGACAAAAAUCACCUCUUUCUAAGUAGUGUGUAUUCUAGAGGAAUUAAUACAGUAUACUUUUGAAAACAUUGUUUCAUUGAUAGGAUUUCCUUUUCCUGUUAUUAACAAGCCAAAUGGCAGUUUGUUAACUAGGUGCUAGGCUAUUAAUUAAAAUAUUCUGGCAUAAAUUAACCAUUAUGUGAAUAUUCUGCAACUAGCUUGCGUCCUGGUGUAAUUUAUUAUUUUGUGUUGAUCCCCACUGCUUGCUUUUUUGUAUACUUGCCAUAGUUUAUGUUCUAACCUACAGAGAAAUAUGUAUGUAGGUGCACACUAUGAGAAUCCCCCCGGGCCAUCAACUUCAGUGGAGUUCAGUGGUACGCCCAAUAGAGUUCAGUAGACAAGUGGUCAUGUAAGGUAACUUCACAAUGUACAGACUUCUAUUUUAAAAGAAAACAAAAUAAAAUCUGUUUCUGAAUUUGAA